AUGGCAGAGGUAAAGCUACAUGGAUUUUGGUAUAGUCCCUUUACUUUGAGGGUAGUAUUGACCCUUAAGCUAAAAGGUAUACUAUAUGAGAACAUAGAAGAAGAUCGUUUCAACAAAAGUCCUCAACUUCUUGAAUACAAUCCAGUGCACAAGAAAACUCCAGUGCUUGUUCAUGAUGGAAAACCUCUAUGUGAGUCUAUGAUAAUUGUUGAAUAUAUUGAUGAGAUAUGGCCACAAUAUCCAUUGCUUCCUAUUGAUCCUUAUGAGAGAGCUCAGGCACGGUUUUGGGUUAAAUAUGCUGAUGAUAUUAAACGCGUAUCAGAACCAAAACAGAGCUUCAGAGCUUCAGAACUUAUAUCAGCUUCAGAGGUUGUGAGGUUCAAAGGCUAUGUUGCUUCAGAGGCUGAAGCGCUGGUUCAGAGGUUAUAA